AUGGCUAGGCGAACCGCCGACUUGGAGAACGAGGUUGUCGGGCCGCCGCCUAGUAGACGGCGACUCACCCCGUGCAUGUUACCCAGCGAAGGGUGGACAGCCCGAAUGUCUUCAAGCAAAUCAGAUGACUCCAAAGGAGCUAUUGUAGAGCGCCUCGGAAAUUUCGAAGAGAUACAAUCCAAGCGCCCGGACUUUGACCACUCGAACGCCCCAAUUGAGGUUACAAAAUCCCCCAAUCCAACGUGGUCUUACGGCCAGGGAGUCCGCACCCGGAACAGUAACUCCGCAUCCCACAAGGAAAUUGACCCAUACGCAUCAAAUCGAUCAAUGAUCAAUAACUACCGCCUUCUCGUUUCUGGAAUCGCACCAAGGCCGGUUGGAUUUCUCAGCACCUUGUCAAAGGAUGGCAAGAAGAACCUUGCGCCUUUUAGCUAUUUCCAAGUCAUUGACCAUGACCCACCCAUGUUUAUAGUCGGUUUCUCAUCGAGACCCGGUGCUGUCAAAGACUCGUACCGGAAUCUCAAGGAGACGGGCGAAUGCGUCAUCAACACAGUGUCGGAAGACAUGAUUGAGGCUGUCAACGCUACCUCCAUCGACGCUCCGCAUGGAGUCUCUGAGUGGGUUAUCUCAGGGCUGCACGAGGGAGAGACUACAACGGUGCAGCCAUCAAGAGUUCUGGAGUCAGUGUUUUCGAUAGAGGCAAAAGUGGUAGACAUCAAAGAAUUCAGUGACCACGCGAAAGAUGGAAAGAGUGUCGCCGGAAUGGUUUUGCUUAAGGCGACGCGGUUUUGGGUCAUGGAGGAUGCUGCUGAUCCUGACUUCAGUCAUAUUGAGCUCGAGAAGUUACGUCCCGUGGGCCAGCUGGGAGGAAAGUCGUAUGGACGCAUCACGUCAACGUUUGAGGUGCCUCGCAGGAGAUGGCAGGAUGAAGAACCGAAAAGCGAAUUUCUUCAGAAACUAGACAGAUCCACCACCAAAUAG